GUUGGAUACUUUUUACUCUGUUAUAAGCCACCCAAAAUAAGAAAAGACCUUGUUGAUUGACUUGUGAAAGCGGGAAAUAAAAUUUUCCACGAGACUUAUUCUACUGGCGUUUGAAGGUGAGUUUCCACAGAGGUUUAAAUUCCACCACUACCACCCACCAGAUUCCCCUCAAAAACCAAACACUCCACUAAGUUACAUCACAACUUAACCGCCACUUUUCAUCAUUCACUCAUCUCUUUCUUUCUCUCUCUCUCUCUCUCUAACCAUGACAACGUUGGAGAUCACUGUUGUGUCCGCUGAAGGUCUCAACCAACACUCUUCUUACUUCAACCGCAUAAGACCCUUCUUCACUCUCACCAAGCUCCCCGCACAAAUCCUCUACCACUACGACGGAGGAGGAACAGGGGAUCACGUGUUCCGCGUCCCACUCGAUCCAACCUUCUUCUCCGACACGUAUUCCCGCCUCCAUCUCCACCUCUACAACGACCGUCGCUUUGUGGGGCCCACGAUCCUCGGAUGGUGUCUGAUUCCGCCCUCCGACAUUGCCUUCCCACCCUCUCACUCCCUUCGCUACCUCAGUUAUCGGUUACGGGCAAAAGACGGUUCCAAAACCCACCUCAUCCUCAACCUUUCCCUCCGCUUCCAGGGCUCCCUCUACCAAUCCCAUCCCGCCACCUGUCAGUCGGUCAUUGGAAUUCCCGUCACAGCGCUUCGCAAAUUUGGCAGCACCACCGCUGCCCCAACCGCAAGUGAACAAUCCAAUAUGGAAACGGACUUUUAAUUUUCUUUUUUAGUUUUAGUUUUCCUUUUAAACAAUAAAAAUAAUUAAAAUUGUUGAA